AUGAAGGAGUUAUCAUAUGUGCCCAAGUCAACAUUUUUUACCUCUCAGAUUUCUGUUGGCAUUGCUACCAAAGCUAUCGAUUGCCUCCAAGUAAAAGCUUGGUGUAUCUCUGAUACGGCCGGCUGUAAGAAAGUGUGGGAUAUCAUUGAAGAUGUCUGCAAUGUGACAGGUGAGAGCUGCACAGUGAAGGAUCGCAGCGGUUGCAAUGUAACCAUCCAGUACUUAACUGACAGCUACCCAGCCUUCAGGGAGUGCAGCUGCCUGGAAGACAAAUCAUGCAACUUCCUCGGACAACUUGGAAUACUGUGUACCGGCCAAGGAGGUAUCUCGGCUGCUGGUAAUCCCGAAAUACAGACUGACUGGAAUCGACGUUUAAGACUGCCAGAUAUAAACGGGUACAGGGAGAGGGAUGGCGAUUGUUUUGACACCAGACAAGAGUGUCUCAAGUCCAUUCAAUGCAACUCCAUGUAUACGAACUUCAAGAGAAUGUGUAAGAAGAGAAAGGACACCUGCAGCAACGAGUCCGGAGGCCAACAGUGUCUGACGGCCUGGCAGGCACUACAGAGCACAAAGCUCGGCAACUGCGUCUGUCUGGAACGUGGGAAGCGAAAGUGCCUGAGAAUAUGGACCAGCCUCUUUAAUAAUACUUGCCUGCAAACAGCACAGAGGAAUCUAAACACACGCACUGAGGAAGGGAGCAAAGAGAAUUAUCCCGUCUGGGGCAGCAGCAUCUUUGACCGGAUGCGGAGAGGAAAACCCACAAAAGAGUCUGCUCUCAACAAAUAUGGCAACCAAAGCUCCCCGUCCUGUUUGAAAGUAACCGAGCUUUGCAUGAAGGAUCAGGACAUUUGCAACAAGCACUUCACUCCACAAAAACAAGUGUGCCCUAACUCUCUUAAUCAAUGCAACCUCGAUGACUGUCACAGUGCAAUUCGAUCCUUCUACCUGGAGAUCCCGCCAGACCUUGCCCAGAUGUUGGUGUUCUGCAGGUGCCAUCCAUCCGAUGAGCUUUGCCUUCAAGCAAAGGAAAUCCUUCACAACAACUCCUGUGCAAAUCGCAUGGAUCCAAAACCCACAUGUUUGUACCUUACUGAAAGGUGUCUCAGCGAUGAAGUCUGCAGGACAAGAUAUGAAGUCUUUCAAGCUAAGUGUUGGGAACGAGUGAGAAGAAUAUGCCACCAUGAUAAGGACUGCCUUUCAGAGAUAAGCUGGAGAGGAUUAACCUGUUCUGCCUCUGAUGAGUGUAAAACAGCCUACGUAGAUACCCGUGGCACUCUUCUUCAGAUGGAAUGUACCUGCAGUGGGGUUCGGAAAGAAGAGCAAUCCUUAUGCGAGGUGUACCAACAUAUGCUAAACCGUGAACUGUGUUUCAAUACAGAUCAGGCUUCAGUCCCACAUAUGGAAACAGAGAAGGGCACGCUGGAGGAAGAGCUCAUUGCAACAAGGUCACCGUCCACAUUAGACAGUGCAAUGAUUUAUGUUAUUGCGUAUGUCUGUGGUGUCACCCUCAUCAUUGGAGCUGUUGUCACUGUUAUGGUAGUGGCGAUGGGUGUAAAGAUGCUCAAGCAACAGCUGGUGGUGAACUGUGAGGCUGGUUUUCUGCCACCUGCGCUCGAGCAGCCGGAGUGUGCCAGAAAUCUCAACAGACUCCGAAAGACUGUGACUGCUAAUCUUUAUGUGGCAGAUUUCUCAAGUUCUGGGAAUGUCGUAGGGAGUAGAAAAGUCCUUGAUAGAAGCCUCAGCUUCCACUGA